AUGGAUCACUCAUUCAGCGGGGCCCCCCGAUUCCUGACCCGGCCCAAGGCCUUUGUGGUGUCGGUGGGCAAGGACGCCACACUGAGCUGCCAGAUCGUGGGCAACCCGACGCCGCAAGUGAGCUGGGAGAAGGACCAGCUGCCGGUGGAGGAGGGUGCGCGCUUCCGCCUGGCCCAGGACGGCGACCUGUACCGGCUCACCAUCCUGGACCUGGCGCUGGGCGACAGCGGUCAGUACGUGUGCCGCGCGCGCAACGCCAUCGGCGAGGCCUUCGCGGCUGUCGGGCUGCAGGUGGACGCUGAGGCCGCUUGCGCCGAGCAGGCGCCCCACUUCCUGCUGCGGCCCACGUCCAUCCGCGUGCGCGAGGGCGCCGAGGCCACCUUCCGCUGCCGAGUGCGCGGCUCGCCGCCCAUGGCCGUGAGCUGGGCCAAGGACGGCCGGCGCUUGGGCGCGCCGGACGAGCCCCGCGUGCGCGUGGAGGCCCUCGGUGAGGCGAGCGCGCUGCGCAUCCGGGACGCGCGGCCCCGCGACGGCGGCACCUACACAGUGCGCGCCGAGAACCCGCUGGGCGCCGCCAGCGCGGACGCGGCGCUCUCGGUGGACGCGGACGCGGACGCCGCCAGCCCGCCCGGGGCCUCCACGGCCGCGCUCCUGGCGCACCUGCAGCGGCGGCGCGAGGCCAUGCGCGCCGACGGCGCCCCAGCCUCGCCUCCCGGCUCCGGCACGGGCACGCGCACCUGUACGGUGACCGAGGGCAAGCACGCGCGUCUUAGCUGCUACGUGACCGGUGAGCCCAAGCCAGAGACGGUCUGGAAGAAGGAUGGGCAGCUGGUGGUGGAGGGCCGGCGACACGUGGUGUACGAGGACGCCCAGGAGAACUUCGUGCUCAAGAUCCUCUUCUGCAAGCAGGCGGACCGGGGCCUCUACACCUGCACGGCGUCCAACCUGGUGGGCCAGACCUACAGCUCCGUGCUGGUGGUCGUGCGAGAGCCCACCAUGCCCUUCCAGAAGCGACUGCAGGACCUGGAGGUGCAGGAGAAGGAGUCGGCUACGUUCCAGUGCGAGGUGCCGCUGCCGUCCACGGAGGCCGCGUGGUACAAGGAGGAGACGCGGCUGUGGGCUAGCGCCAAGUACGGCAUCGAGGAGGCGGGCACCGAGCGCCGGCUGACCGUGCGCAACGUGUCGGCGGACGACGACGCCGUCUACAUCUGCGAGACUGCCGAGGGCAGCCGCACUGUGGCCGAGCUGGCGGUGCGAGGCAACCUAGUCCGGAGGCUCCCCAGGAAGACCGCGGUGCGCGUGGGGGACACGGCCAUGUUCUGCGUGGAGCUGGCCAGGCCUGAGGACCCCGUCCACUGGCUGAGGAACCAGGAGGAGGUGGUGGCUGGGGGCCGAGUGGCCAUCACCACGGAUGGCAGGUGCCACUCGCUAACCAUCUCCAAGUGCACCCUGGAGGACGUGGGCGAGGUGACCUUCACGGCCGGGGACUGCCGGACAUCCACUCAGUUCUUUGUGUCUGCCCCUAGGAAGCUGCCCCUGCAAGCCCCUGAGGCCCCCGUGGUAAAGGCCAGGACGGAGUGCUCUGUGACCCUCGGCUGGUCCCCACCACCCCACGGAGACUGCCCUGUCCCUAUCGACGGCUAUGUGGUGGAAAAGAAGCGGCUUGGCGCCUACACCUGGAGCCGGUGCCACGAGGCUGAGUGGGUGGCCACACAGGAGCUGACCAUAGCCAACACGUCUGAGGAGGGGGACUUCCAGUUCCGGGUGUCAGCUGUGAACAGCUUUGGCCACAGCCCCUACCUCGAGUUCCCGGGGACUGUCCACCUGGCCCCCCAGCUGGCCGUGAAGACACCUCUGAAGGCAGUGGCAGCAGUGGAGGGUAGCGAGGUGACCUUCUCCGUGGACCUCACCUUGGCCUCGGUGGGCGAGUGGUUCUUGGACGGGCAGGCCCUGAAGGCCAGCAGUAUGUAUGUGAUCCGCCAGGAUGGCACUCGCCACACCCUCACCAUCCGUGCCGUGUCCGCCAGCCUGCAGGGCGCUGAGCUCAAGUUCAUGGCCAACGGCAUUGAGAGCGGCAUCCGCAUGGAGGUCCGAGAGGCCCCAGGACUGACCGCCAGGCCUCCGGUGGCCACUGUGAGGGAGGUGCUGGCCCAGCUGCAUGAAGAGGCACAGCUCCUGGCUGAGCUGUCAGACCAGGCAGCGGCGGUGACAUGGCUGAAGGAUGGCCACGUGUUGCCACCAGGCCCCAAGUACGAGGUGCAGGCGUCAGCUAGGCAGCGGACCCUGCUGGUGCGAGAUGUGGUGCGAGACGACGCUGGCCUGUACGAAUGCAUCAGCAGUGGGGGCCGCAUCGCCUACCAGCUCUCCGUGCAAGGGCUUACUCCCUUCCUGCACAAGGACACAGCUGGCGGCUGCGUGGAGGCCGUGGCUGGAGGCCUGGCCCACUUCGAAUGUGAGACCUCUGAGGCCCACGUGCGUGUGCGCUGGUACAAGGAUGGCAUGGAGCUGAGCCGCUCCAGCCAGCGCUUCUCACAGGAGGACGUGGGCACGCGACACCGGCUGGUGGCAGCCUCAGUCAGCAGGCAGGACGAGGGGACCUACUCGUGCCACGUGGGCGAGGACUCCGUGGACUUCCAGCUGCGUGUCUCUGAGCCUACAAUGGUGUUUGCCAAGGAGCAGCCAGCACGCAGUGAGGUGCAGGCCAAGGCGGGCGGCAGCGCCACGCUGAGCUGCGAGGUGGCCCAGGCCGGGACAGAGGUGACGUGGUACAAGGACGGGAAGAAGCUGAGUGCGAGCUCCAGGGUGCAUGUGGAGGCCCAGGGCUGCAGCAGGAGGCUGGUGGUGCAGCAGGCGGGGCGGGCCGACGCCGGGGAGUACAGCUGCGAGGCCGGGGGCCAGAAGGUGUCCUUCCGCCUGGACGUCGCAGAGCCCUCUGCGGUGUUUGCCAAGGAGCAACCACCAUGCAGUGAGGUGCAGACCAAGGCAGGAGGCAGCGCCAUGCUGAGCUGCGAGGUGGCCCAGGCCGGGAUGGAGGUGACGUGGUACAAGGACGGGAAGAAGCUGAGUGCGAGCUCCAGGGUGCAUGUGGAGGCCCAGGGCUGCAGCAGGCGGGUGGUGGUGCAGCAGGCGGGGCGGGCCGACGCCGGGGAGUACAGCUGCGAGGCCGGGGGCCAGAAGGUGUCCUUCCGCCUGGAUGUCACAGCGCCCUGGGCUCCCGGGCCCGAGCCGCUGGAAUUGCGCUCCUGGGGCGCGCAGCCCCCUCCACGCCGAGCCACCUCCGCGCUGCUUCUGGACCCAGCCGUGCGCACGCUGCAGCCCUUUAGGCGGCGAGGUGUGGCGCUCUCCCUGGGGCAGCCCUCUGCAGAGUUUGCCACGGAGCAGCCAGCACGCAGUGAGGUGCAGGCGAAGGCGGGCGGCAGCGCCACGCUGAGCUGCGAGGUGGCCCAGGCCGGGACGGAGGUGACGUGGUACAAGGACGGGAAGAAGCUGAGUGCGAGCUCCAGGGUGCACGUGGAGGCCCAGGGCUGCAGCAGGAGGCUGGUGGUGCAGCAGGCGGGGCGGGCCGACGCCGGGGAGUACAGCUGCGAGGCCGGGGGCCAGAAGGUGUCCUUCCGCCUGGACGUCGCAGAGCCUACACUGGUGUUUGCCAAGGAGCAGCCAGCACGCAGUGAGGUGCAGGCGAAGGCGGGCGGCAGCGCCACGCUGAGCUGCGAGGUGGCCCAGGCCGGGACGGAGGUGACGUGGUACAAGGACGGGAAGAAGCUGAGUGCGAGCUCCAGGGUGCACGUGGAGGCCCAGGGCUGCAGCAGGAGGCUGGUGGUGCAGCAGGCGGGGCGGGCCGACGCCGGGGAGUACAGCUGCGAGGCCGGGGGCCAGAAGGUGUCCUUCCGCCUGGACGUCGCAGCUGCCACUUUCUGUCUGGUGGCUGAUCCCAGAGAUAUUGCCGGGCAAGGGUUUACUGAAGCGAAUGGGCCCCUCGUGGGCAACCCUCAGCCACUCGUUCCACGUGUGGAGUCCAGUACCCAGGGCAAGCACGCGGGCCCCCGGUCAUCCUUGGAAUUAUCUCGACACUGCGUGUUUGUGAUGGAGGUUUUUGGUGUCCUGGGCGUGCUUCUUUCCUUGCACACGGAGCCUACACUGGUGUUUGCCAAGGAGCAGCCAGCACGCAGUGAGGUGCAGGCGAAGGCGGGCGGCAGCGCCACGCUGAGCUGCGAGGUGGCCCAGGCCGGGACGGAGGUGACGUGGUACAAGGACGGGAAGAAGCUGAGCGGGCGGGCCGACGCCGGGGAGUACAGCUGCGAGGCCGGGGGCCAGAAGGUGUCCUUCCGCCUGGACGUCGCAGAGCCUACACUGGUGUUUGCCAAGGAGCAGCCAGCACGCAGUGAGGUGCAGGCGAAGGCGGGCGGCAGCGCCACGCUGAGCUGCGAGGUGGCCCAGGCCGGGACGGAGGUGACGUGGUACAAGGACGGGAAGAAGCUGAGUGCGAGCUCCAGGGUGCACGUGGAGGCCCAGGGCUGCAGCAGGAGGCUGGUGGUGCAGCAGGCGGGGCGGGCCGACGCCGGGGAGUACAGCUGCGAGGCCGGGGGCCAGAAGGUGUCCUUCCGCCUGGACGUCGCAGAGCCUACACUGGUGUUUGCCAAGGAGCAGCCAGCACGCAGUGAGGUGCAGGCGAAGGCGGGCGGCAGCGCCACGCUGAGCUGCGAGGUGGCCCAGGCCGGGACGGAGGUGACGUGGUACAAGGACGGGAAGAAGCUGAGUGCGAGCUCCAGGGUGCACGUGGAGGCCCAGGGCUGCAGCAGGAGGCUGGUGGUGCAGCAGGCGGGGCGGGCCGACGCCGGGGAGUACAGCUGCGAGGCCGGGGGCCAGAAGGUGUCCUUCCGCCUGGACGUCGCAGAGCCUACACUGGUGUUUGCCAAGGAGCAGCCAGCACGCAGUGAGGUGCAGGCGAAGGCGGGCGGCAGCGCCACGCUGAGCUGCGAGGUGGCCCAGGCCGGGACGGAGGUGACGUGGUACAAGGACGGGAAGAAGCUGAGUGCGAGCUCCAGGGUGCACGUGGAGGCCCAGGGCUGCAGCAGGAGGCUGGUGGUGCAGCAGGCGGGGCGGGCCGACGCCGGGGAGUACAGCUGCGAGGCCGGGGGCCAGAAGGUGUCCUUCCGCCUGGACGUCGCAGAGCCUACACUGGUGUUUGCCAAGGAGCAGCCAGCACGCAGUGAGGUGCAGGCGAAGGCGGGCGGCAGCGCCACGCUGAGCUGCGAGGUGGCCCAGGCCGGGACGGAGGUGACGUGGUACAAGGACGGGAAGAAGCUGAGUGCGAGCUCCAGGGUGCACGUGGAGGCCCAGGGCUGCAGCAGGAGGCUGGUGGUGCAGCAGGCGGGGCGGGCCGACGCCGGGGAGUACAGCUGCGAGGCCGGGGGCCAGAAGGUGUCCUUCCGCCUGGACGUCGCAGAGCCUACACUGGUGUUUGCCAAGGAGCAGCCAGCACGCAGUGAGGUGCAGGCGAAGGCGGGCGGCAGCGCCACGCUGAGCUGCGAGGUGGCCCAGGCCGGGACGGAGGUGACGUGGUACAAGGACGGGAAGAAGCUGAGUGCGAGCUCCAGGGUGCACGUGGAGGCCCAGGGCUGCAGCAGGAGGCUGGUGGUGCAGCAGGCGGGGCGGGCCGACGCCGGGGAGUACAGCUGCGAGGCCGGGGGCCAGAAGGUGUCCUUCCGCCUGGACGUCGCAGAGCCUACACUGGUGUUUGCCAAGGAGCAGCCAGCACGCAGUGAGGUGCAGGCGAAGGCGGGCGGCAGCGCCACGCUGAGCUGCGAGGUGGCCCAGGCCGGGACGGAGGUGACGUGGUACAAGGACGGGAAGAAGCUGAGUGCGAGCUCCAGGGUGCACGUGGAGGCCCAGGGCUGCAGCAGGAGGCUGGUGGUGCAGCAGGCGGGCCGGGCCGACGCCGGGGAGUACAGCUGCGAGGCCGGGGGCCAGAAGGUGUCCUUCCGCCUGGACGUCGCAGAGCCUACACUGGUGUUUGCCAAGGAGCAGCCAGCACGCAGUGAGGUGCAGGCGAAGGCGGGCGGCAGCGCCACGCUGAGCUGCGAGGUGGCCCAGGCCGGGACGGAGGUGACGUGGUACAAGGACGGGAAGAAGCUGAGUGCGAGCUCCAGGGUGCACGUGGAGGCCCAGGGCUGCAGCAGGAGGCUGGUGGUGCAGCAGGCGGGGCGGGCCGACGCCGGGGAGUACAGCUGCGAGGCCGGGGGCCAGAAGGUGUCCUUCCGCCUGGACGUCGCAGAGCCUACACUGGUGUUUGCCAAGGAGCAGCCAGCACGCAGUGAGGUGCAGGCGAAGGCGGGCGGCAGCGCCACGCUGAGCUGCGAGGUGGCCCAGGCCGGGACGGAGGUGACGUGGUACAAGGACGGGAAGAAGCUGAGUGCGAGCUCCAGGGUGCACGUGGAGGCCCAGGGCUGCAGCAGGAGGCUGGUGGUGCAGCAGGCGGGCCGGGCCGACGCCGGGGAGUACAGCUGCGAGGCCGGGGGCCAGAAGGUGUCCUUCCGCCUGGACGUCGCAGAGCCUACACUGGUGUUUGCCAAGGAGCAGCCAGCACGCAGUGAGGUGCAGGCGAAGGCGGGCGGCAGCGCCACGCUGAGCUGCGAGGUGGCCCAGGCCGGGACGGAGGUGACGUGGUACAAGGACGGGAAGAAGCUGAGUGCGAGCUCCAGGGUGCACGUGGAGGCCCAGGGCUGCAGCAGGAGGCUGGUGGUGCAGCAGGCGGGGCGGGCCGACGCCGGGGAGUACAGCUGCGAGGCCGGGGGCCAGAAGGUGUCCUUCCGCCUGGACGUCGCAGAGCCUACACUGGUGUUUGCCAAGGAGCAGCCAGCACGCAGUGAGGUGCAGGCGAAGGCGGGCGGCAGCGCCACGCUGAGCUGCGAGGUGGCCCAGGCCGGGACGGAGGUGACGUGGUACAAGGACGGGAAGAAGCUGAGUGCGAGCUCCAGGGUGCACGUGGAGGCCCAGGGCUGCAGCAGGAGGCUGGUGGUGCAGCAGGCGGGGCGGGCCGACGCCGGGGAGUACAGCUGCGAGGCUGGGGGCCAGAAGGUGUUUUUCAGUCUCGAGUUUGCAGAGCCGGAGCCUGAGCCCCCUACCCUGCAGAAACCUGGCCGCAGGGAGCCUCUGGUGGUCAGGGAGCACGAGGACAUAUUCCUGACCGCCACGCUGGCGACGCCCUCUGUGGCUGCGGUGACCUGGCUCAAGGACGGCGUGGAGAUCCGCAGAAGCAAGCGGCACGAAAUGGCCAGCCUGGGGGUCACCCACACCUUGACGGUCCGCGGAGCGCAAACCCUGGACAGCGCGGUCUAUAGCUGCCGCGUGGGCGCAGAGGGGCAGGACUUCCCUGUGCAGGUGGAAGAGGUGGCAGCCAAGUUCUGCCAGCACCUGGAGCCUGCCAGCGGGGAGCUGGGCGGCACGGUGACGCUGGCCUGCGAGCUGAGCCUGCCCCAGGCUGAGGUCGUGUGGCGCUACGGGAGCGCGCAGCUCCGGGCCGGCAAGCGCUUCCGCAUGGAAGCUGCGGGGCCCCGGCGCACGCUCACCGUGUCGGGCCUGCGGCUGGAGGAUGCAGGGGAGUACGCGUGCGAAACCCGCGAUGACCGCACCAGCGCGCAGCUCAUGGUCAGCGCUCCCCGCAUGGUCAAGUUCACGUCGGGGGUGAGCGCAGCAGUGGCCGAGGAGGGCGGUGAGGCCACCUUCCAGUGCGUCGUGUCCCCCAGCGACACAGCGGUCUCGUGGUUCCGGGACGGCGCCCUGCUGCAGCCCAGCGAGAAGUUUCUAAUCUCACAGAGCGGUGCCAGCCACAGCCUGACGGUGUGCAGCCUGACCCUGGAGGACUCUGGCCAGAUCACCGUGGAGGCUGAGGGCGUCUUGUCCUCUGCUGCUCUCCGCGUGCGAGAGGCCCCAGUGCUGUUCAGAAAGAAGCUAGAGCCACAGACAGUGGAAGAGCGGAGCUUGGUGACCAUGGAAGUGGAGCUGACUCGGCCGUGGCCUGAGGUUAAGUGGACGCGGAAUGCUACCGCCCUGGUGCCAGGCAAGAAUGUGGAGAUUCACGCGGAGAGCACCAGUCACCGCUUGAUUCUUCGCUGCGUGGGUUUUGCUGACCGUGGCUUCUAUGGGUGUGAGACUCCGGACGACAAGACCCAGGCCAAGCUCACCGUUGAAAUGCGCCAGGUCCGGCUGGUGCGGGGCCUGCAGGCAGUGGAGGCAUCGGAGCAGGGCACGGUCAGCAUGGAGGUGGAGCUGUCCCAUGAGGAUGUGGAGGGCAGCUGGACGCAUGACGGCCUGCGGCUGCAGCCAGGGCCCACAUGCCAGCUGGCGGUGCACGGCCCCAUCCACACCCUGACGCUAUUCGGGCUGCGGCCACAGGACGGUGGCCUCAUUGCUUUCAAAGCUGAGGGGGUGCACACGUCUGCACGGCUCGUAGUCACUGAGCUGCCUGUGAGGUUCAGCCGCCCCCUGCAGGACAUAGUGGCCACAGAGAAGGACAAGGUGACCCUGGAGUGUAAGCUGUCACGCCCCAACGUGGAUGUACGCUGGCUGAAGGACGGUGUGGAGCUGCGGGUGGGCAAGACAGUGGGCAUGGUGGCCCAAGGUGCAUGUCGGAGUCUCAUCAUUUACCGGUGUGAGCUCGGGGACCAGGGCGUGUACGUGUGUGACGCCCACGACACGCAGAGCUCAGCCUCCCUGAAGGUGCAAGGUCGCAAGGUCCAGAUCGUGAGGCCUCUGGAGGAUGUGGAGGUGAUGGAGAAGGAGGGCGCCACCUUCUCCUGUGAGGUCUCUCUCGAUGAGGUGCCAGCAGAGUGGUUCUGGGAGGGCAGCAAGCUCCGGCCCAGUGACAACGUGCGCAUCCGCCAGGAAGGAAGGACACACACGCUUAUCUACCGGAGGGUCCUGGUAGAAGAUGCAGGGGAGAUCAAAUUUGUGGUUGAAACUGCAGAAUCUCGAGCGCAGCUGCGAGUGAAAGAGCUGCCAGUGACCAUCUUGCGCCCGCUGCGGGACAAGAUAGCCAUGGAGAAGCACCGCGGAGUGCUGGAGUGCCAGAUGUCUCGGGCCAGCGCCCAGGUGCAGUGGUUCAAGGGCAGCGUGGAAUUGCAUUCUGGGCCCAAGUACGAGAUGGUCAGUGACGGCCUCUACCGGAAGCUAGUCAUCAAGGAUGUGCAGCCCGAGGACGAAGACACCUACACCUGCGAUGCCGGGGACGUGAAGACAAGCGCCCAGUUCUUUGUGGAAGAGCAAUCCAUCACCAUCGUGCGCGGCCUGCAGGACAUGACAGUGAUGGAACCUGCCCCUGCCUGGUUUGAGUGUGAGACUUCCAUCCCAUCGGUGCGGCCACCCAAGUGGCUCCUGGGAAAGACGGUGCUGCAGGCCGGGGCCAAUGUGAGCAUGGAGCAGGAGGGCACCGUGCACCGGCUGACGCUGCGGCGCACCUGCUCCACCAUGACCGGCCCAGUGCACUUCACCAUUGGCAAGUCGCGCUCCACCGCGCGCCUGGUGGUCUCAGACAUCCCUAUGGUGCUCACACGGCCGCUGGAGCCCAAGGCAGGGCGCGAGCUGCAGUCGGUGGUCCUGUCCUGUGACUUCAAGCCGCCCCCCAAGGCUGUGCAAUGGUACAAGGAGGACACGCCCCUGGCACCCUCGGAGAAGUUCAAGAUGAUGCUGGAGGGCCACAUGGCUGAGCUGCGCAUUCUCCGCCUCACGCCUGCUGAUGCAGGCAUCUACCGGUGCCAGGCUGGCAGUGCCCAGAGCAGUGCCCAGGUCACGGUGGAAGCCCGCGAGGUGACCGUGACGCAGCCACUGCAGGACGCACAAGCCACGGAGGAGGGCCGGGCCUGUUUCUCGUGCGAGCUGUCCCAUGAGGACGAGGAGGUGGAGUGGUCGCUCAACGGCGUGCCUCUGUACAACGACAGCUUCCACGAGAUCACCCACGAGGGCUGUUGCCACACGCUGGUGCUGAAGCGGGUCCGGCGGGUGGACACAGGCACCGUGCGUGUCUCCUCCCCCAAAGUGUCGGCUACUGCCCGCCUGGAGGUCAAGGCAAAGCCGGUAGUGUUCCUGAAGGCCUUGGACGAUGUAUCCGCGGAGGAACGGGGCACGCUGGCCCUGCAGUGCGAGGUCUCAGACCCCCAGGCCCGCGUGGUGUGGCGAAAGGAUGGUGUGGAGCUGGGCCCCAGUGACAAGUAUGACUUCCUGCACACGGCGGGGACGCGUGGGCUCGUGGUGCACGACUUGAGCCGGGACGACACUGGCUUCUACACUUGCAGCGUGGGCUUGGAGGAGACCCGCGCCCGAGUCAUUGUGCACGACCUGCACGUAGGCAUCACCAAGAGACUCAAGACAGUGGAGGUGCUGGAGGGCCAGAGCUGCAGCUUUGAGUGUGUCCUGUCCCACGAGAGCACCGGCGAUGCAGCCACAUGGACCGUGGGCGGCAAGAUGGUGGGAGAUUCUGGCCGCUUCCGGGCCACACGCCAGGGCCGCAAGUACACCUUGGCUGUCCGAGAUGCUGCAGCUAGUGACGCUGGGGAGGUGGUGUUCUCCAUGCAGGACCUCACCUCCAAGGCCUCCCUCAUUGUCAGAGAGAGGCCAGUGGAUAUCACGAAGCCCCUGGAGGACCAGCGGGCCGCUCCGGGCGACGAUGUGGUGCUGAGCUGUGAGCUGUCUCGGGCCAGCACCCCGGUGCGGUGGCUAAGGGAUGGGAAGUCCAUUCGCAACAGUCAGAAGUACGAGCUGGUCACGGAAGGCACUCGGGCCAUGCUGGUGGUCCAUGCAGUCUCACUCAGGGAUUCAGGCCAAUACUCAUGCGAGACAGAGGCUUCCAAGACUACGGCGACCGUCUGUGUGGAAGAAAAGGCAAACCGGUUCAUGGAGGAGCUCACUGAUGUGCAGGUGGAAGAGAGGGGCACGGCUGUGUUCAUGUGCAAGACAGAGCAUCCCGCAGCCACGGUGACCUGGCGCAAGGGUGUCACAGAACUGCAUGCCUCAAGGAAGCACGUGCCCAGCCAGGAGGGCCUGACCUUGAAGCUCACCAUCAAUGCCCUGGAGAAAGCAGACAGUGACACCUACACCUGUGACAUUGGCCAGGCCUCUUCCCAGGCCCGGCUCCUGGUGCAAGGCCAGCGUGUACUCAUUACGGAGGCUCUGGAGGACGUGGAGGUGCGUGAGGGAGCCUCAGCCACCUUCUCCUGCCGCGUCUCCCCUGCCAACUAUGGGCCUGUCCACUGGUUCCUGGACAAGACGCCUCUGCACCCCAACGAGCUCAAUGAGAUCGAGGUUCAGCCAGGUGGCUACCACGUGUUAACCCUGCGGCAGCUUGCCCUCAAGGACUCGGGCACCAUUCACUUUGAGGCAGGGGACCAGCGGGCCUCGGCCACCCUUCGGGUCACAGAAAAGCCCAGCAUCUUCUCCCGGGAGCUCACAGAUACUACGGUCACAGAGGGGGAGGAGCUGACCCUGGUCUGCGAGAUCACCACCCUGGACGGCUCUGUGUGCUGGACCAAGGAUGGGAAGGUCCUGCGGCCAUCAGCCCGGUGCCAGCUGAGCCAGGAGGGCCAUCGUGCCCAGCUGAUCAUUACGGGUGCCACCAAGCAAGACGGCGGGCGCUAUAGGUGUGAGGCUGGGGAUUCCUGGAGCAGCUCCAUCGUCAGGGUCCACGCAUGGGCCACAUCGCAGACACCACAGGCCAGCCCUUCCACAGCGGCAUUUAGCAUUCCUUGUCCUGGAGCUGGGAAGUCACAGGGCCGGGCAUCGGCAGGGCCACAUCCUCCCGAAGGUCCCUCCACGGCGUCGCGGCCAGUGUGCUUCCGGGAGGGGCUACAGGACCUGGAUAUGCUGGAGGGUGGCGCUGCCACACUGUGCUGUGUGUUGUCCACGGUGGCUGCACCCGUGCAGUGGCGCCGGGGAGACGAAGUUCUGCAGCCCGGAAGCAAGUACAGCAUGCGGCAGGACGGCCCAGUGCUGGAGCUGGUGGUGCGGGACCUGCGGCCCCAGGACACUGGGCAGUACUCCUGCUGCUUUGGGGACCAGAUGACCUUGGCCAACCUCAAUGUGAGGGCCCAACCCACCGAGUUCAUAGGGAGACUGAGGAACGAGGAGGCCACGGAAGGGGCCACGGCCACGCUGCGCUGCGAGCUGAGCAAGGCGGCCCCCGUGGAGUGGAGGAAGGGGCCUGAGGCCCUCAGAGCCGGGGACAGGGUCAGCCUGAGGCAGGACGGGGCCGUGUGCGAGCUGCAGAUCCGGGGCCUGGCCGUGGAGGACUCCGGGGAGUACUCGUGCGUGUGCGGGCAGGAGAGGACGGUGGCCGUGCUCACUGUCAGGGCGCUGCCCGCCAAGUUCACCAAGGGCCUGAGGAAGGAGGAGGCCACGGAAGGGGCCACGGCCACGCUGCGCUGCGAGCUGAGCAAGGCGGCCCCCGUGGAGUGGAGGAAGGGGCCUGAGGCCCUCAGAGCCGGGGACAGGGUCAGCCUGAGGCAGGACGGGGCCGUGUGUGAGCUGCAGAUCCGGGGCCUGGCCGUGGAGGACUCCGGGGAGUACUCGUGCGUGUGCGGGCAGGAGAGGACGGCGGCCGUGCUCACCGUCAGGGAGCUGCCCACCAAGUUCACAAAAAGUCUAAGGAAUGAGGAGGCCACGGAAGGGGCCACGGCCACGCUGCGCUGCGAGCUGAGCAAGGCGGCCCCCGUGGAGUGGAGGAAGGGGCCUGAGGUCCUCAGAGCCGGGGACAGGGUCAGCCUGAGGCAGGACGGGGCCGUGUGCGAGCUGCAGAUCCGGGGCCUGGCCGUGGAGGACUCCGGGGAGUACUCGUGUGUGUGUGGGCAGGAGAGGACGGCGGCUGUGCUCACCGUCAGGGCUGCCCAGGUGGUGUUCAAGGAGCCUCUCCGGAGCCUGCAGGCCAAGGAGGGUACAUCAGUCACCCUGCGCUGUGAACUGUCCCGGCCCGGUGCCACUGUGGUCUGGAGCAAGGGCGGCCUGGAGCUGCAGGCUGACUCACGUCGGGAGCCUCGGCAGCAGGGUCCCACGGUGGAGCUUGUGCUGUGGGACCUGCGACGGGGGGACUCAGGGGAGUACACCUGUGCCUGUGGCCUGCAGUCCACCAGUGCCACCCUCACCAUUACAGCUGCACCUGUGCGGUUCCUCAGGGAGCUGGAGGCCCAGGAGGUGGACGAAGGUGCCACGGCAUGCCUGCGUUGCGAGCUGAGCCAGGAAUGUGCCAGCGUGGACUGGCGCAAGGGUUCCCUGCAGCUUUUCCCUUGUGCCAAGUACCAGAUGGUGCAGAAGGGAACAACCGUGGAGCUGCUGGUGCGAAGCGUAGAGCAGGAGGACGCCGGCCACUAUACCUGUGACACUGGCCACACGCAGAGCACAGCCAGCCUCUCUGUCCGAGCCCCCAGGCCCGUGUUCCAGGAGGAGCUGCAGAGCACGGAGCAGGAAGCAGGCGGUGUGGCCUGGCUGCACUGCCAGCUGAGCAAGGCAGAGACUGAUGUCCCAGUGCAGUGGCUCAAGGAGGGUGUGGAGCUGCACCUGAGCCCCAAAUAUGAGAUAAGGCGCAUGGGAACCACGUGUGAGCUGCUCAUCCACGGGCUAGAGCCAAAAGACACUGGCGAGUACGUCUGCGUGGCCGGUGGUCAGAAAACCAUGGCUUCUGUCAUGGUCAAAGAACCAGAGGUGACCAUCGUGCGGGGGCUGGUGGAUGCUGAGGUGCAGGUCGACGGGGAUGUGGAGUUCAGUUGCGAGGUGUCACGGCCCGGCGUCACAGAUGUGGAGUGGCGGCUCCAAGGCCUGCCCCUGCAGAGCAACGAGGUGACGGAGGUGUCCAUGCGAGGUGGCCGCACCCACAUGCUGCAGCUGAAGGGUGUGACACCAGAGGAUGCAGGCACCGUCUCCUUCCAUGUGGGCAUGCACACAUCCUCCGCCCAGCUCACUGUCCGAGUCCCCGAGGUCACCAUCGUGGAGGCCCUACAGGAUGUGCAGCUCAGUGAGGGCCAGGAUGCCCACUUCCGGUGCCAGCUGUCCAGGGCCUCUGGCCAGGAGGCCCACUGGGCCCUGGGAGGGGUGCCCUUGAAGGCCAAUGAGAUGAAUGACAUCACAGUAGAGCAUGGCACACUCCACUUGCUCACCCUGCACAAGGUAACCCUGGAGGAUGCUGGAACCAUCAGUUUCCAAGUGGGCUCGUGUAGCUCGGAGGCCCAGCUAAAGGUCACAGAGGCAGCACCAUGCCUGGUACGUGGCUUGCAGAAUGUGGACGUCUUUGCGGGGGAGGUGGCCACGUUCUCCUGUGAGGUGUCCCGUGCGGGUGGGCCGGAGGCCCGCUGGUGGCUGGAUGGCACCCUGCUGCAGGAUGGCCCCCAGAGUGCCAUCUCCGUGCGUGACGGGACCUUCCACUCCCUCACACUCUCGGGCCUGGGGGUUGCCGACUCCGGCACCAUCACCUACCGCGCAGGGCCCCUGGUCUCCACGGCCAAGUUGUUGGUCAAAGAUCCCACGCUGGAGGUGGUCAGUGCCAUGCAGGACCUGGUGGUGGAGGAGGGCGGCCCGGCCGAGCUCCUCUGCCAGUACUCACGGCCCGUGCAGGCCACGUGGAAGAUGGACGAGCAGGAGGUGCGCGCCGACGGGCGCCGUGUCGUCAUAGAGCAGGACUGGACCGUGGCCAGGCUGUCCUUCCGGCCGGCCUUGCCCUGCGACAGUGGCAUCUAUUCUUGUGAGGCUGCGGGCACCCAUGUGGUGGCCCUGCUGCAAGUGCAAGCCAAGAACACCGUGGUACGCGGUUUGGAGAACGUGGACACACUGGAAGGUGGCGAGGCGCUGUUCGAGUGCCAGCUGUCCCGCCCUGAGGUGGCCGCGCACACCUGGCUGCUGGACGAUGAGCCUGUGCACACCUCAGAAAACGCGGAGGUGGUCUACUUCGAGAACGGUCUGCGGCAUCUGCUUCUGCUCAAAAACCUGCGGCCGCAGGACAGUUGCCGGGUGACCUUCCUGGCGGGGGAUGUGGUGACUUCCGCAUUCCUCACAGUCAGAGGCUGGCGCCUGGACGUCCUGGAGUCGCCACGCGACGCGUCGGUACGAGUUGGUGGGCAGGCCCAGUUUACCUGCGCGCUGAGCGAGGCGGUGCCGGUGGGCGAGGCUACCUGGUACCUCAACGGGGCCGCGGUGCAGCCGGACGACCCUGACUGGACGGUCACUGCAGAUGGCAGCCACCACGCCUUGCUGCUGCGCGGUGCCCAGCCACACCACGCUGGCGAGGUCACCUUCGCCGCCCACGACGCCGUGGCCUCCGCGCGGCUCACCGUGCUGAGCCUCCCGGACCCCCCAGAGGACGCUGAGGUGGUGGCGCAAAGUGGCCGCUCUGUGACGCUGUCAUGGGUGGCGCCGGCAAGCGAUGGUGGCGGUGGGCUGUGCGGCUAUCGGGUGGAGAUGAAGGCAGCCACCACGGGCGAGUGGCGGCUGUGCCAUGAGCUGGUGCCCGGGCCUGAGUGCAUCGUGAACGGCCUGGCCCCCGGGGAGACCUACCGCUUCCGCGUGGCAGCGGUGGGCCCCGUGGGGGCUGGGGAGCCAGUGCACCUGCCCCAGACAGUGAGGCUAGAGCCCCCCGCUCCAGCGCCCCCAGCUCCCACGCCCGCAGCUCCAGAGACCUGGGCUCCGGCACCCCCCACCCUAGUGCCCCCAGCUCCAGAGACCCAGACUCCUGCGCACCCAGUUCCUGCGCCCCUGGCUCCCAUGCUCCCUGCUCCAGAGACCCGGCAGGUGGGUGCCGGCGAGGACCUGUGUCUGGAGUGCGAGGUGGCCGAGGCGGGUGAGGUUGUCUGGCUGAAGGGGACGGAGCUCAUCCAACCUGGCGGGCGCGUCCAGGUUCUCUGCCGGGGUCAGCGACAUACGCUGGUCAUCCAGGGCUUCUCGGCAGAGGACCAGGGGGAGUACUGCUGCAGCCCUGCCUGGGACCCCACCUCCUCUGCAGCCACUGCCUCCUUCCAGGUGGAGCUGACCCCAGGAUCCAGGGAUGAGGCCCCUGUGCAGCCCAGCCUGCCCCCUGAGGCGGCCCAAGAGGGUGACCUGCACCUGCUGUGGGAAGCCCUGGCACGGAAGCGCCGCAUGAGCCGUGAGCCCACGCUGGACUCCAUCAGUGAGCUGCCCGAGGAGGACGGGCGUGUGCAGCGCCUGCGGCAGGAGGCAGAGGAAGCGGCCCCUGACCUGUCCGAGGACUACUCCACGGCAGACGAGCUGGCACGCACUGGGGAGGCUGACCUCUCGCACACCAGCUCUGAUGACGAGUCCCAGGCAGGCACUCCUUCCCUGGUUACCUACCUCAAGAAGGCUGGAAGGCCCAGCACCUCACCCCCAGCCAGCAAGGUCGGGGUUCCCACAGUCCCAUCUGGGAGGCCACAGAAGCAUCAGGAGCAGCCAGCUGCAGCUCACUCUGCACCAGCAGACCUGAGUGCUGAGGACCUGAGUGACCCAUCCAUGGACAAAGCAGCCGUGAAGAUCCAGGCUGCCUUUAAGGGCUACAAGGUCCGCAAGGAGAUGAAGCAGCAGGAGGGACCUGCGUUCUCCCGCACAUUCAGGGACACCGAGGUCCAGGUGGGGGAUGUCCUGCGUCUGGAGUGUGUGGUGUCCAGCAAGGCGGACGUACGUGCCUGCUGGCUGAAGGAUGGUGUGGAGCUGACUGACAGCCGGCACCACCACAUUGACCAGCUUGGGGAUGGCACCUGUUCUCUGCUGGUCACGGGCCUGGGCCGUGCUGAUGCCGGCCGCUACACCUGCCAGGUGAGCAGCAAGUUCGGCCAUGUGGCCCACAGCGCAUGUGUGGUGGUUAGCGGGACAGAGAGUGAGGCGGAGAGCUCCUCGGGGGGUGAGCUGGAUGACGCCUUCCGCCGGGCAGCCCGGCGGUUGCACCGCCUCUUCCGCACCAAGAGCCCCGCCGAGGUUUCAGAUGAAGAGAUCUUCGUCAGUGCAGAUGAGGGCCCCGCGGAGCCCCAGGAGCCCGGGGACUGGCAGACCUACCAUGAAGAUGAGCGCUUCGUCUACAUCCGCUUCGAGUCACUUGCUGAGUCCCAGCGCGCUGCCGCGUGCUUCCGGGAGAUGUUUGGCACCAUGGACAUCGGGGUGGACAUCAGCUUGUCGGAGCAGGGGCCCCGGGGGGUGGAGAUGCGCAUCAGCAAAGUGGCUCCGGCCCCUGCGGCACCCCGGGAGAGGGCGCUCCCCACGCUCCCCGCGCUGACCUCCGAGGGUGCCCCGGUGUUCCUGACUGAGCUGCAGAAUCAAGAGGUGCUGGAUGGGUAUCCCGUGAGCUUCGACUGUGUGGUGACAGGCCAGCCUGUGCCCACCGUGUGCUGGUUCAAGGACGGUAGGAUGCUGGAGGAGGAUGACCACUACAUGAUCAGUGAGGACCAGCAGGGCGGCCACCAGCUCAUCAUUACGGCCGUGGUGCCCGCAGACAUGGGCGUCUACCGCUGCAUGGCUGAGAACAGUGUGGGUGUGUCCUCCACCAAGGCGGAGCUCCGUGUAGACCUGACCAGCACAGACUAUGAAACUGCGGCAGAUGCCACAGAGACCUCCUCCUACUUCAGCGCCCAGGGCUACCUGUCCAGCCGGGAGCAAGAGGGUACGGAAUCUACCUCGGAGGAGGGGCAGCUGCCCCAGGUGGUGGAGGAGCUGAAAGAUCUCCAGGUGGCCCCCGGCACACGCCUGGCCAAGUUCCAGGUCAAAGUGAAAGGCUACCCGGCACCCCGACUGUACUGGUUCAAAGAUGGGCAGCCCCUGACGGCUUCUGAGCACAUCCACAUGGCUGACCGGAAGACGCUGCACACCCUGGAGGUCGUGUCGGUCACCUGCGAGGAUGAUGGCCAGUACUCGGCCUACAUCAGCAACGCUGUGGGCGCUGCCUACUCGUCUGCUCGGCUGAUUGUCCGGGGCCCCAAAGAUCCUGAAGAGAAGCCAGCGUCGGAUGUGCAGCAGCAGCUGGUACCACCCCGGUUCCUGGAAAGAUUCACCUCCAAAAAAGUGAAGAAAGGCUCCAGCAUCACCUUCUCAGUGAAGGUGGAAGGAUUCCCGGCCCCAGCUGUGCACUGGCUUCGGGAGGAGGCUGAGCGCGGCGUGCUGUGGAUUGGCCGCGACACGCCAGGCUACACAGUGGCCAGCUCUGCCCAGCAGCACAGCCUGGUCCUGCUGGACGUGGGCAGGCCGCACCAGGGCACCUACACUUGCAUCGCUACCAAUGCUGCCGGCCAGGCCCUCUGCUCCGCCAGCCUGCACGUCUCUGGCUUGCCUAAGGAGACCAGGGUGGCGGAGGAGCGUGCUGGGGUGAAGGAGGCCCUCAUCUCUACUUUCCUACAGGGGACCCAAGCCAUUUCCACACAGAUGUCAGAACCUGUGGGAUUCGCUGACCUUGCUGGGCAGAGGAAAGAGCCCACAGCAGUGGAGGCCCGUGGCCACUUGUCCCUGGCUGAGAUGGGCACAGAGGAGUUCCUGCAGAAGCUCACAUCCCAGAUCACCGAGAUUGUGUCGGCCAAGAUCACACAUGCCAAGCUGCAGGUGCCGGGAGGUGACAGCGAUGAGGAAUCCAAGACGCCUUCCGCAUCCCCCUGGCACGGCCGUUCCCGCCCCUCCUCCAGUGUCCAGGAGUCGUCCUCAGAGUCAGAGGACGGAGACUCACGAGGCGAGAUCUUUGAUAUCUACGUGGUCACGGCUGACUACUUGCCCCUGGGGGCAGAGCAGGAUGCCCUCUCACUGCGGGAAGGCCAGUACGUGGAAGUGCUAGACUCAGCCCACCCCCUGCGCUGGCUCGUGCGCACCAAACCCACCAAAUCCAGCCCCUCUCGGCAAGGCUGGGUGUCCCCUGCUUACCUGGACAGGCGGCUUAAGCUGUCACCCGAGUGGGGGCCCACCGAGGCCCCCGAGUUCCCGGGGGAGGCCGUGUCUGAGGAUGAAUACAAGACAAGGCUGAGCUCCAUCAUCCAGGACCUGCUGAGCUCUGAGCAGACCUUUGUGGGUAAGCUGCAGUUCCUGCAGAGCCACCACAUGCAGCACCUGGACCGCUGCCCUCACGUACCCACGGCUGUGGCCAGCCAGAAGGCGGUCAUCUUCCGCAAUGUGCAGGACAUCUGCCGCUUCCACAGCAGCUUCCAGCGGGAGCUGCAGAGCUGUGACACAGAUGACGAUGUGGCCAUGUGCUUCAUCAAGAAUCAGGCGGCUUUCGAGCAGUACCUGGCAUUCCUGGUGGGCCGAGUACAGGCUGAGUCAGCAGUGGUCAGCCCGGCUGUGCAGGAGUUCUACAAGAAAUACACAGAAGAGGUGCUGUCGGCCGCAGACCCCUCGCAGCCGCCCCCACCACCCCUGCAGCACUUUCUGGAACAGCCCGUGGAGCGGGUCCAGCAGUACCAGGCCCUGCUCAAGGAGCUGAUCCGCAACAAGGCGAGGAACGCGCAGAACUGUGCGCUGCUGGAGCAGGCGUACGCUGUGGUGUCGGCCCUGCCGCAGCGCGCUGAAAACCAGCUGCACCUGUCACUCAUGGAGAACUACCCGGGCACCCUGGAGGCACUGGGCGAGCCCAUCCGUCAGGGCCACUUCAUCGUGUGGGAGGGGGCACCGGGCGCACGGAUGCCCUGGAAGGGCCACCACCGGCACGUCUUCCUGUUCCGCCACCACCUGCUGGUCUGUAAGCCCCGCAGGGAUUCCCGCACUGACACUUUCAGCUACGUCUUCCGGAACAUGAUGAAGCUGAGCAGCAUUGACCUCAACGACCAGGUGGAGGGUGAUGACCGUGCCUUUGAGGUGUGGCACGAGCGGGAGGACUCCGUGCGGAAGUACGUGCUGCAGGCACGGACAGUCAUCACCAAGAGCUCCUGGGUGAAGGAGAUCUGUGGCCUACAGCAGCGCCUGGCCCUGCCUGUGUGGCACCCACCAGAUUUCGAGGAGGAGCUGGCAGACUGCACAGCUGAGCUGGGUGAGACGGUGAAGCUGGCCUGCCGCGUGACGGGCACCCCAAAGCCCAUCGUCAGCUGGUACAAAGAUGGAAAGCCAGUGGAGGUGGAUCCACACCACAUCCUCAUUGAAGACCCUGACGGCUCGUGUGCCCUCAUUCUGGACAACCUGACUGGAGUGGACUCCGGCCAGUACAUGUGCUUUGCGGCCAGUGCCUCUGGCAAUGCCAGCACACUGGGCAAAAUCCUGGUGCAAGUACCCCCACGGUUUGUGAAAAAGGUCCGGGCAGUGCCUUUUGUGGAGGGAGAGGACGCUCAGGUCACCUGCACCAUCGAAGGCGCCCCACACCCUCAGAUCAGGUGGUACAAGGAUGGGGCUCUGCUGACGCCUAGCAGCAAAUACCGAACCCUGAGUGAGCCCCGCAGCGGUCUGCUGGUGCUGGAGAUCCUGGCAGCCAGCAAGGAGGACCUGGGCCAUUAUGAGUGUGAGUUGGUGAACCAGCUGGGCUCUGUGAGGGGCGGGGCAGAGCUGUGCAUGCAGAGCCCUGUUGUUCGGGCCCGGGAACAGCUUCACAGGGAGCAGCUUGCAGCCGUGGAAGACGCUGCUGUCUCUCCUCCUGCCCUGGAGCCAGCAGACCAGGAGAUCACGUCUGUCCCAAUGAUGCUGGUGUGCCCCGAGGCUCCGGGACCCUCCACAGGGGACCAUGCCAGCUCCAGCCCUGACCCUAGAGGGCCAAUCAAAGCCCAGGAGUCUGGCCCCCAACUCUUAGGCAUGGAGGCUGCAGAUUCAUCUGGUGAGGCCCAGUGGCCUCAGGCUGACCACCAAGUGCCACCUGUUCUCAGUCCCCAACCUUGGCCUGUGCUGGCCCCAACCUUGGCCACCCCAGUUGAGCCGCAGAAGGUUCCACAGCCUCUCCCCAAGGAGGACCAGGAGCGGGACUUGGGGGACCAUGCUGAGGGCCAGGAAUGCACUGUGCCCAUCCGGAUGGAGGGUGCAGCCUGGCUGGGGGCAGGUGCAGGGGAGCUAUGGGACAUCCACAGCCACGUGUUCAUGGAGACCACACAUCGGACAUACGUGUACCAGGCCAGCGACACGGGUGCCACAAGAUCCCCGUCCAUGCAGGUCACCAUUGAGGAUGUGCAGGCACAGAAGGGCAGCACAGCCCAGUUCCAGGCAGUCAUUGAUGGCAACCCGCAGCCCACAGUAACCUGGUACCGGGACAACGCCCAGCUGGUGGAUGGCACCCGGCUCAGCCAGCAGCGGGAAGGCACCACCUACUCCCUGGUGCUGAGGGACGUGACACACAGUGAUGCGGGUGUCUACACAUGCCUGGCCCGCAACGCGGGUGGACAGGUGCUGUGUAAAGCGGAGCUGGUGGUCCAUGGGGGAGACAGCGAACCCGACUCUGAGAAGCAGAGCUACCGAAGGAAACUGCGCUCUUCCUAUGAGGUCAAGGAGGAAAUUGGAAGGGGCGUGUUCGGCUUCGUGAGGAGAGCGCAGCACAAGGGAAGCCAGAUGUCCUGCGCAGCCAAGUUCAUCCCGCUGCGGAGCAGGACACGCGCCCAGGCCUACCGCGAGCGGGACAUCCUGGCCACGCUGAGCCACCCGCUGGUAACAGGGCUGCUGGACCAGUUUGAGACCCGGAAGACCCUGAUCCUUGUCUUGGAGCUGUGCUCGUCGGAGGAGCUGCUGGACCGUCUGUUCAAGAAGAGUGUGGUGACCGAGGCCGAGGUCAAGGUCUAUGUCCAGCAGCUGGUGGAGGGGCUACAGUACCUGCACAGCCACAGCGUUCUGCACCUGGACAUAAAGCCCCCCAACAUCCUGAUGGUACAUCCUGCUCGGGAAGACAUUAAAAUCUGCGAUUUUGGCUUUGCCCAAAAAAUCACCCCAGGAGAGCCACAGUACAGCAAGUAUGGCUCCCCAGAGUUUGUGUCUCCCGAGAUCAUCGAGCAGACCCCAGUGAGCGAGGCCUCUGACAUCUGGUCCAUGGGUGUCAUCUCCUACCUCAGCCUGACCUGCUCAUCACCAUUUGCUGGUGAGAGUGACCGAGCCACCCUCCUGAACGUGCUGGAGGGGCAGGUGUCCUGGAACAGCCCCAUGACUACCCACCUCAGCAAGGAUGCCCAGGACUUCAUCAAGGCUACCCUGCAAAGGGCCCCAAAGGCCCGGCCCAGCGCAGCCAAAUGCCUCACACACCCCUGGUUCCAGACUUCGGUGCCCGCGGAGGAGGCCCACUUCAUCAACACCAAGCAACUCAAGUUUCUGCUGGCCCGCAGCCGCUGGCAGCGCUCCCUGAUGAGCUACAAGUCCAUCCUGGUGAUGCGCUCCAUCCCCGAGCUGCUCCAGGGCCCGCCCGACAGCCCGUCCCUCGGGGUGGCGCGGCACCUGCGCGGUGGCGCCAGCGCCUCCUCCAGCAGCUCGUCCUCCUCCUCCGACAACGAGCUGGCCCCCUUCGCCCGGGCCAAGUCGCUGCCGCCGUCUCCGGUGACCCACUCGCCGCUGCUGCACCCGCGGGGCUUCCUGCGGCCUUCGGCCAGCCUGCCCGAGGAGGCCGAGGCCCGCGCGCCCCCUGCCGCCGCGCCCCCGCCCGCGGCGUCCCCCGCCGCCCCGGGCUGCGUGCCGCGGCAGAGCGUCAUCCGCAGCCUCUUCUACCAGCAGGCGGCCGAGGGCCCGGAGCGCCGAGGGCCCGCGGGUGGCGGGAGGCCCCCGGCGCGGCGGCGGCACCUGCUCAAGGGCGGCUACUUCGCCCGCGCCCUGCCGGGCCUGCGGGAGCCACUGCUGGAGCGCCGCGCGCUGGAGGAGGCGGCGGCCCGCGACGAGCAGGCCGCCCUGAUGGCCAAGGCGCCCUCCUCCGAGAGCGCCCGCGGGGCCCGGGGCCACAGCCGAUCCCUGGAGCUCGGGGGCGCGCGCAGCCGCAGCCCCUCGGCCGUGGCCUGCGGUGGCGGCCAGUGCGCUACCCCGGCUCCCUCGGACGCCCGGAUGGACUCCGGGCAGAGCUGGCCGGGCAGAGCUGGCGCCACAGUUGCCCGGGAGAGGGAGCUGCCAGAGGGACCCCAGCAGGGGCCAAGACUGUUUCAGUCCAUCACCGGGGCCCUGGGGUCCACCCAGCAAGAGGGGUCAUCUCAGGACAGCUGUGGGGGGCAGUGGGGUCCUACUGCCCUGGAAGGCUGGGUUCCCCCUCCGGCCAUUAUACCACAGGCUCCAGGCUCUUUCCCUACAAAACAGUGCACGGGGUCCCUCUCAGCUCCCUCCAGCUCCCUCCUCUCCCCGGAGCCAAAGGGGUUCCUGUCCCUAGCCCAAGAGUGUCCCCAGCCAGGCGGUAAGACAGAACUGAAGGACAGCCCUCUCCCUGCGAGGCGGGGCCCCCCUAGCGCCCCAGGGCUGGCCUCCCCAAUGGGAGCGGAGCCUGGCCCCACCCAGGAUAGGGAGGGCCUGGCUGCAGAGCCUGAGGAAGCUCUUGAGUGGGAACCCAGCCUGCAGCGGCCUCAGGAGCAGGCUACUACACGGAAGUUCUCCCUGGGGGCAUGGCGUGGAGGCUACGCAGGCGUGGCUGGCUAUGGCACCUUUGCCUUCGGUGGGGAUGCAGGGGGCAUGCUGGGGCAGGGUCCCCUGUGGGCCAGGAUGGCCUGGGCCACUUCUCAGUCCUCAGAGGAGCAUGAUGAAGUAGGGGCCCAGAGCCCGCCACCCCAGGCCAGCAAAGCGCCCCUUCCCAAGGGCAGUGGGGCACCCUCACUGGCCUCCCCGGAGCUGAGUGCGUGGGAAGACUUUGGUGGUGGCUCCCAGGUGUCCCUGGUGCAGAUCCGAGACCUGUCCGGGGACUCCGAGGCAGCAGACACCAUAUCCCUGGACAUCUCAGAGGUGGAGCCUGCCUACCUCAACCUGUCUGACCUGUAUGACAUCAAGUACCUCCCUUUUGAGUUCAUGAUCUUCAGGAGGGUCCCCAAGCCUGUGGAGCCAGAGCCACCAUCCUCCCCUGAGUCUGAGGCCGGGGAGGAGUUGGCCACGCUCCCAGAGGCCGGGUGGCCCUGGCCAGGUGCCCUGGGCACACCAGCCAGCUUGCACAUCACUGAGGAGCCAGAGGACAUGGAGACCCUGCUCAGAGAGGCCACGGGCAGCAGGAAGCGCAAAUGGUCGCCCCCCGCCCGUGACCUCUUCCAUCUCCCAGGGAGGCAUGUGCUGCCAGAGGAGCAGGAGCCCGUGGAGCUGGGCCUUCGCCGGAGGGUGAGGGCGUCUGUGGCCCACAUCUCCCGCCUCCUGAAGGGCAGGCCUGAAGGCCCAGAGAAAGAGAGCCCCCCCAGGAAGAAGGCAGGCCUGGCUUCCUUCCGGCUGGGCCUGAAGAGCAGGGACCAAGCGCCAUCCUUUCUACGGGAGCUCUCAGAUGAAACAGUGGUCCUGGGCCAGUCCGUGACUCUUGCUUGCCAAGUGUCGGCCCAGCCGGCUGCACAGGCCACCUGGACCAAAGACGGGGCUCUCCUGCAGAGCAGCAGCCGCCUCCUCAUCUCUGCCACGCUCAAGCACUUCCAGCUGCUCACCAUUCUGGUGGUGACUGCUGAGGACCUGGGGGUGUAUACAUGCCGUGUGAGCAACACACUGGGGACGGCAACCACCACGGCUGUCCUCCGGAAGGCAGAGCGCCCCUCAUCUUCUCCACGCCCGGACAUUGGGGAGGUGUAUGCUGAUGCGGUGCUGCUGGUCUGGAAGCCCGUGGAGUCCUACGGACCUGUGACCUACAUCGUGCAGUGCAGUCUGGAAGGCGGCAGCUGGAGCACCCUGGCUUCCGACAUCUUUGACUGCUGCUACCUCACCAGCAAGCUUUCCCCGGGGGGCCUGUAUACUUUCCGGACGGCCUGCGUCAGCAAGGCGGGCAUGGGACCCUACAGCAGCCCCUCAGAGCAGGUCCUCCUGGGAGGGCCCAGCCACCUGGCCUCGGAGGAAGAGAGCAGCAUCCCAUGGCCCACGCAGCCCCUCCCUAGCACGCAGACCUUCACCUUCCAGACACAGAUCCGAAGGGGCCGCUUCAGCGUCGUGCGGCAGUGCCAGGAGAAGGCCAGCGGGCGCGCACUGGCCGCCAAGAUCAUCCCCUACCGCCUCGAGGACAGGCCUGACGUGCUGCGGGAAUACGAAGCCCUCAAGAGCCUGCGCCACCCGCACCUGGCCCAGCUACAGGCCGCCUACCUCAGCCCCCGGCACCUGGUUCUUAUCUUGGAGUUGUGCUUGGGACCGGAGCUGCUCCCCUGCCUGGCGGAGAGGGUCUCCUACUCAGAAUCAGAGGUGAAGGACUACCUGUGGCAGAUGUUGAGUGCGGCCCAGUACCUGCACGCCCAGCGCAUCCUGCACCUGGACCUCAGGUCGGAGAACAUGAUCAUCACCGAGUACAACUUACUCAAGGUCGUGGACCUGGGCAACGCUCAGAGUCUCACCCAGGAGAGGAUCCUGCCCUCCGAGGGCUUCAAGGACUACGUGGAGACCAUGGCUCCCGAGCUCCUGGAGGGCCAGAGUGCCCUCCCGCAGACCGACAUCUGGGCCAUAGGCGUCACAGCCUUCAUCAUGCUGAGUGCCGAGUACCCCGUGAACAGUGAAGGGACACGCGACCUGCAGAAAAGCCUGCGCAAGGGGCUGAUCCAUCUGAGCCGCUGCUACGCAGGGCUGUCUGGCGGCGCCGUGGCUUUUCUCCGGAGCACAUUGUGUGCUCACCCGUGGGGCCGGCCUUGUGCAUCAAGCUGCUUGCAGUGCCCGUGGCUAACCGAGGAGGGCCCUGCCGGCUCCCAGCCAGCUGCCGUGACCUUCCCCACAGUGCGCCUGCGUGCUUUCCUGCGUGAGCGAGAGAAGAGGCGGGCACUGCUGUAUAAGAAGCACAAUCUGGCGCAGGUGCACUGAGCACUGGGCCAGGUGGAUUUGGGGGGGCGAGGAGAUCACCCUGCUGGGCUUCACCCCCUAGUCUUGCUUCUAGAACUUGCUGUAUAUGCACAGCAUGCCAAUAAAAAGCAGAACCAGA